GAGGACACUCCGGCUGCCCGUUUAAGGGCUUUGCUCGCCCGCGUCCCCAACUCUUCGUCCUACUCCUCCCAAACACAGCUCCUCCAUGAGCCUGCCCCUCACCCACCAUCCGAAUUGGAUUCUGAUUUCGAUACGCCCAGAUGGAACACGACGGCUGCGAGCGUCGCUCGAGAAAGUUUGAAGGAUCUGUUCUCGAAUGCCCUGCGCGACUCUGGCGACUCGCCCCAAACAGGCAACGGGCGACGGAGGAAUAGCAUCGGUGCUAGCGAAUUGGACGAUAGCCCCAGAGUUGAGAAGGUGGCAGAGGAAAGAGCAAAGAAUAAGGGAAAGCGCAGAACUUUGAGCGAUGAGGAGCUGGAU